UCUUUGAGCAGAUUGCAUGAAUCAUCGCUCUGUUUCAUUCACAAACCUGCCGACAACCUGCGCCUGCGCCCAACACACAUACACGCACACUUCUCCAAGCUCCGCCCCUCCCGCGGAGUGAGACGAAGACCCGAUGGUGAAUGAGUAACACUCAUUGAGAGGAGCGCAGCGGCUAUCUGUUCGUCUUUCUGCCGGUGUUGUUCGGAGCCGCGGGGACAGGUCUUACUGCAGUGAUGUUAUCACUCCUCUUCCUCCUCCCUCCCUUCUUCCUCUUCACACCCGCCUGGACGUUGGAGUUUCGGUAUCACAACAACCAUGAGAUUGAGCAGUACCUCAAGCAGGUCAGCACCUCGAAUCCUGACAUCACACACCUGUACAGCAUCGGCCAGUCUUCAAAAGGUCAGCAGCUGUGGGUGUUGGCUUUGGGUGUCAGUCCUCACCAGCACACAGUUGGCAUCCCAGAGUUCAAAUAUGUGGGUAACAUGCAUGGAAAUGAGGUUCUUGGGCGAGUGCUGCUCCUUCAGCUAAUAGAUGAGCUGGUGCGCAGUUACCGUAGCAACGAAACAUGGUCCUUGCGGUUGCUGAACAGCACACGCAUCCACAUCCUGCCGACGAUGAACCCAGACGGCUUUGACGUAGCAGACAAGGACUGCUACAACAGCCAGGGCAGGUACAACGGCAACGGCAUUGAUCUGAACAGGGACUUCCCGGAUGCUUUCGCUGGUCUCCAAAGUCAGCAGCUCUUUGAGGAGAGAAGGGAAGCUGAGGUCCAAGCAGUGAUUGGCUGGUUGAGGACGGAGAGUUUUGUUCUCUCUGCAAACCUUCAUGGAGGCGCUGUGGUGGCCAGUUACCCCUAUGACAACAGCAACGGCGGUAGCGAACUGGUGGGCGGGGCUAGCAUCGCUCCUGAUAAUGACGUGUUUGUUCACCUGGCUAAGGAGUACUCCCACAAUCACGCCUCCAUGUACCGAGGUAACUUCUGUAUGGACAGCAGGCCGUUCCUGGAGGGCAUCACCAACGGAUUCCAGUGGUAUCGUCUGGAAGGUGGGAUGCAGGAUUACAACUAUGUGUGGGGGCAGUGUUUGGAGAUCACUCUGGAACUGUCCUGCUGCAAGUAUCCUCCAGCCAGAGAGCUUCCUGCUUUGUGGAACGACAAUAAAAAGGCUCUGCUGGCCUACGUCCAGCAAGUCCACCUGGGUGUCAAAGGUCAAGUGUUUGAUGGUUCAGGCGAGCCAGUGGAGAACGCAGUGGUGGAGGUCAGAGGUCGCAGGAAUAUAUGUCCAUUCAGAACCAAUCAACAUGGGGAAUACUACCGUCUGCUGCUACCUGGGAACUACACAUUCACAGUAACAUAUCCAGGUCACGAGGUUUUGACAAAGACUCUCAGUGUCCCGUAUGGUCCGGAUCAAUACUCUGCCCUUAAACACGACUUCCUGUUACGACGCACAGCCCGAACGACUAGACGGACUGUGGGUAGCACUACCCAAACUGAUGCCACCCCUACCUGUAACUACACUUUACAACAGAAGGCGGGCGGAGCCAUGAACAGGCCCACGUGGAGCAGCCUGGCUAUAGGGCUCAGCAUGGCAGCAGUGCUGCGAUCCCUGAUCGACUGAAGUGAAAUUGCCAGCCAGGUUCAGUUCCUAUCGACAUCAAACCAAACACGUACAUCAAAACUGUGACACAAUGUCAACUGCAGCCUUCUGAGGAGACACAUGGAGCAGGAGUUUGACAAUUCCUGCAAGCUUUGUUGCCACAAACAAAUCUGAGACCAUGAAACCAUGAGAUGAAAUUUAGUGGAGAAUACUGUGAUGGUCAGAGCUAAAGUGGAGCACCCAGGUUCAUAAGCAUAGAAGUUACAUACUUCUGAUAUGGAUAACAGGAAACAUUUGCAAAAGACAUUUUCACAUGUAGCAGUAGAAUGAGGACCAGACUAGAAGUUAAAAACUUAUAUGAGCCUUUAUGUUAUAUGCUAGCACAAAUUUUAACCAAAGACCCAAACAACCCAAAUGGCUGCUUUGUUAAGAUCACUAAUGGGUGGUGCCUCAAGGCCCCUUAUUAUACAUAGCUUUUCCUUACAAAGUGUACAAUGGCAUGAAUCAUCACUUAGCUAUUCACGUGCAUUAUACGCACAUAACUUGUCUGCUAUUGUACGCAAAGGGAAAAUGUGUAUUCCAUGAUUGGCUGGCAAGCAGUUUCUGCAUGUUGCUGGUAGUCACAUUGGUUCCAAAAAGAGGGCUGUAUAAAAAAAACUCUCCUUGAUAUUGCUUUGAUUUGUAUUUGACAUGGUCACCUGUAUUUUUCAUGGAGGACACCAAAUGGUCUGCAAACAUUCAGCAACUACCAAGUGUGUGUCACAUUGUUAACAGUUUGCUCACAGAGUAGUUGGCAAUUGUUUGCAGACAAAUUGUCAUCUUUCACGCAAGCUAUGGAAGACCAAUGCAAUUGCAAGGAGGUUUUUGGUGCAGCAGCAUAAACCUCUUUACACAGGCCUUAUUCACUCAACCCUAAAAACACCACAUAUCAAAAAUGUCACACAAAACUUGAAUAUGGGUGCUAAGCUAUGUUUCAAAGUGCUGACUGUUAUUUGUGUUUUCCUUUUCAGUGCUUUUGUAGAUAUCUUGAAGUACUGUUCAAGGCACAUCAGAUUGACUACAGCUUUCAGGUAUAUGGAAAUUUAAUAUAUGAAAAAUCCCAAAAUAACAAUUUCAUGGCUAACUGGCACUUUAACCACCAUGCCAUUAGUAACACCUCUGUUUGCACCACUGUUACAACCCUAAAAGCUAAUAGCUAACUGUCUAGCCAGAAGUGAAUGCGCCCCUCAGAUAGCUGACUUAGCUUGGUCAUUAAAAACACAAUCAUUUCACAUUUAAUAUAAAAAAUAACUAGACCUUUUGGAACAGUUUAUCUUUUGGAACGGUUCAUCUUGGAAGAUUCUAAAAUGCAGCUAAAAAGGCACAAUAGUUUCUUCAGUUUUAUACUUUCGGUUGCCUUACUUUGAGUAAUGCAGCUGAGCUUUCAGUUCAUAUGUUGUUGUUCAUAUCAAAGCAAGCACUUGCACAGAUUUACACAGUUUUCACACCUCAAGGAUGUUUUAAAUGAGUAAUAAAUAUCUGUAAGUAUCUUUUUUAUAGCCUUAAUAAUAAUUGAGAAAAUAGUAAAAAAAAUCUUAUGAAGGCUAAUUGUUCAGUGAGAUGGGAUUAAAGAGAAAUGGGUGUUUUUAUUAAGAUUUUGAAAAGAAGACAGAGUAGCAAAAAAUAUUUCCUGCACUUCGACAGGAAUAAACAGCUUUUAAAUGUAGAUUUAUUCAAAUGGCAGCUUUCUGGGGUUUUUUUUUUUAACAUUUAACAUUUACACAGCAGAACAAAGCAGGAGGAUUCAACCUCUCUGGUAAGAUGUGAUUUUUAUUUUGUAUGUGACUGUAAUUUUAUAUACGAGGAGGUGCAGGGGCACUUUAAAAUUAGCACUUGCAGGGACUAAAUGCUGUUUUUAGAAAGGGGGCAGUGUUCAGGACAUGGCAGUGUGGAAAUGAUGAUGGUGUGAGCUGAAGUGUUUCCAGUGACGCUGCGCAUUACUCAGAUGGUCAGGCUGUUUUCAUUUUUUUCUGCUUAUUCCAUUCAUUGUUACCAAAGCAAAAUUAAGAUGUCACAAGAUGAUUUAUAAUAUAUGUAAAACAAUUCAAAUUCAAUUCUAUGAGUUUUAUGCUUAUUUCACUGGCCUGUUUAUUUCUUUUAUUUAUCGUGUAUUAUUUAAUUUAUUUAUUUGUUUUAAUAUUAGAUUAAGAGAUUAGAUGAAGAGUUAGGUGGACGAAGUACAAAGUAUAACCUGAAGUGCAAACAAUUCAAAAGAACCACCUGGUGGAGCCAAUGCGCAGCAAAUCUGUCAACUUCAAAUUCUCUUACUGUGUCGGUUAUGAUGAGGUUUAUUUUACAUAAAGACAUAAAGACUUAUGCCAGUUGUCCUCUUUGAAAACCAACAGGAGGUUAGUGAUGCUGAUUUGGCUGCUCAGUGACACAGUUGGCGAUUAUAUUUGCAGCACUGCUUCCAUAAAGCUGUCCUUCUCCGACUCAUAACACACAGUAAGCAAAGAUGAAGAAAUCCUCUUGCAAAUGAAAGAAAAAACGAUACUCCUUAUAAAUGCAGAAUUUGCCUUAAAAUAAUCCACAUUUUAGAUUUUCUUCUGGAUCAGAGUAAACCCGAGAUACUUGUGCUCACAGCCAUGACAGCACUGCAAACAGGAAGUGUUAAAAGCUAAUUUGGCACAUUUUUGAUGGCCCAAAUUUCAAGAAAUACAGCAUAACAUGGCUCAGACUUUAGCCCAAACAUUACACUUCCUGUUUGUAUCCCUAAAGCAACCAAAUUAUGUUGCUUUCUAAUAUAAAUAUUAGAAGGUUGGGACCCAGAGUUCUAUCUAAAACCGCAGGAUUUAAACCUGAACCAUCAGCCUCAGCACAUACAGUAUCUGUACACCAUUUAAAUUUAUAUAUUUAUAUACAGUCUGUGACACAACAAAGACUGUAAAUCGAUUUAAACUCCACACAGAGCAGCAUCGAGUCCUUGUACCCAUCCUCAGGACACAAACUCAGCAUCCUUCUGCAGGUUUUUUUUCCCCCAGAUUUAAACAUUAUUCCUGCCAAAUGUCUUUUUUUUUCUCACUUUUGUACUAUUUUAUAUUAAACAUGCUUUAUAACAGUCCUCUGUGCCAUGUUGGGAGUGUUGUGACUGCAGGCUUCGGUCACUUUUUUUAUGUUUCUUCUGUUUCAAUAAAAUUAAAAAGUAAAUUCUGUCUCAAAGCCGACCUGAAGCAAACUUGUUCAAACUUGUUCUUGAUGGAAAUGGUUUUUACGUCAUCUGCUAGUUUUAUUCUUAUCAUCUUUGUUCUCUUGUGUGGCUUUUUUUAAAUCUGUAUGGAAGCCAGGAAGUGGAUAAUA